AUGGAUGACAAUUCCAUUAGGUUAGAGAACUAUGAAGUGCUUAAAGCUUUGUAUGAUUUCAAGGCCACGUUUGCAAAAACUCUCAGCUUUCAGGAAGGCGAUUAUUUUAUUUUAUAUCAGACCAAUACCAAGGAGAGAAAUUGGUGGCAAGUUGUUAACAGGGAAGGCCAUACAGGGUAUAUCCCCUCGAAUUAUGUCACCACUGUCAAGGUAUCUGCUCAGGUAUUGAUUAAAUUCCUAGAGGACUGCAUAGGAAAUGUAAAGCUUGAAACAAAAAAACAGACUGGAAUGCAUUUGGACAAACAGGAUCUUCUUUUAAGAUUGAUAGAGAAGAAAAGACAAGCAGAGUCUAAUAAGAAACCUAAAAAACAAGCACCGAUGCCUCCAGACUUUGGAAGUAUCACGUCUACUAAAGAAAUCAAUUCAACGCCUGUUUGCCAUACUCGAGAGGGGGAUGUUAGCACUGCUCAGAGUAACACAUCGUAUGUGACGGCACAAACGACCCUGCAUAGUAACAUCGAGAAGGAAGAAGCGCCGAUCACGCCAAAAUGUCAGUACACGUCCGCGAGCGAGCCGAUAAUACAAUCGGUACCGCGUCAAUCUUCCUCGGAGACACAAAAGAUUCAGGCGGAAGUUCGUAAAAGUCCGUCUCAGGGCAGCGCUAAGCAGACUCCUACUAAUUCACCGAUGAAAAAGAAAGGUCCUUUGUGUGAUAUUAAUUCUCAUACGGCUUAUCAGUUGCUCGAUCAAGUGCGGAGAAAUACUCAGUUAAGUUACGAGAUGUCGAAGGUCGCGGUAACGGUAGUCGUUUCUGGGCUGCAGCAGUUACUGCCGCAGAACGUGAGCCCGUAUCUGGACGCGUUGUUGCAUCAAUUAGAAAUGCCGUUCACCGUGUCUCAAAUGAGCAUGGAAGAGACGUACGAUGCACACCGACUGAAAGUAAUUUUCACAGAGCUUACUUCUUGCAAAGAAGACUCUCAGCAGAGAAACUGGAUGCUUUACGAGGAUGAAUCUGUUAUCGUUGAUUAUAUUAAAGAACUUACUUCUAUAUUGACAAACGCAGACGCGAAUGUCUCUCGAUACAUUUUGCAACAGAAUCAAUAUAACGGAGUUAAUAUAUUAAUACAGUAUUAUCAAAUGGAGCCAAGAUGGUCCAUCAGGCAAUUGCUGUUACAGUCAUUCGGAGUAAUGUGUAGUCUGGAUUCUGUGAUCUUAACUAUAAUGUUGAACAGUGUAUUACCUAUGGAGUUGGCAAGAGAUAUGAGGAGUAAUCCUAGAAACGUGACAAAAUUAAAUUACUCUUCGUUGUUGCUUACUAUGAUUUUCUCAAUGGGUGAACCCAUGCCAGUUACACAUUUGGAACAAUUAGGUCCGGAUUUUAUAGCCUUCGUCUUGGACCUGAUAGAGAACCCACCCGACAUGGAUCUGGAAGAUCAAAUACCGGACUUGUUCGUAAAUUUAAUAUUAUCUUACAACUUGCAAUUUACCAAUUCUGAGAACAUUGUUUUGAACGCAUUGAAAGAGAGAACAGGGGCGAAAAACUUCACCGAGAAGAUUUUACUUCUUUUUAAUAGAGAAGAGGAUCCGGUGCGAAUAUUCGAUCAUGAACCGCAACCUCCACAUUCCGUAUUGAAACUGUUCAUCGAUUUGUUCAAUAAUGACAUCACGGCGAGUCUCUUUUACACUAAUGACGUGAAGGUUCUAAUCGAUAUUAUAUUGCGUCAACUAUACGAUAUGUUCCCCGGUGAUAAGCGCAGACAAUAUUUGGAACUGUGCCGAAGAGUACUCCGUACUUCUAGUUACAACGAGCACAAGUAUCGUUCGGAAGAUCUAUUGAAGUGCUUUACAAGAAUAUUCUGCGAGGAGACUGGAGAGAGCCAAGAAGAUCAGCAAUCGGUACGCGAGAUCAGUAACGAGUUCCCGCAUCUGUUUAAAAUGUGAUAUUUACUGUCACCCUCCGAAGAAAAAAAUUUGGAGGAUGACGACUUGCAAACUCUCGUGUAAGAAAAAGGUACGUACGAUUUAAACAGGAGAGGACGAAGGAUCAAGUUACCGAUCGAAAAGAAUUUCUUUAUUUUUCUAAUACUUCGAUUUUGCAAAUAUUUUGCUCAGCCAACUUAAUAUAUACUACCAAGAACGCACACGUACAUACAAUUCGCUGAACUUUGAGCGCAACAGAUUGUAUUUUCUUCCCGUUUUAAUCUUUUUAGCGAACAAUACUAUUUAUUCUAAUAAGAAUAUGAAGAGAAAAAUAAACAAAAAACAUAGAUCAGCAUUUAAAAAUUAUCAUAUAGAUAUAUAUGUAAGAUGACUUUUUUAUCGUUCUAAGCAUGAGGACCAUUGGAAGUACAUAGAAUCAUUCCAGUAGGUAAAUAAAUAAAUAUACUAUGAAAUUAUAGUAAUGUAAUUAAUUGCACACGUAAAGUCUCAAAGGAAAAAGUUUUACGUACUCGACUUGUCACUCCGAUAUAAUAUUAAAGAGAAACCUAAAAACGUAUAUAGUUGAAUUAUCUGUAAAAUUACUCUAUAGAAGUUCUCCGAUGUGAGAACAAACUGUUUUAAUCUUGAUCCAACUAUGAAAGUUACAGUCUCUUUUCUGUCUGUAAGCUAGUCUAGUCUCCACGUCUGUGCAAGUAUAGUAUUCUAAGUCAUACGUUACUUCACUUCCUAAUUUAUGAUGAAUUUAGUCUCUCUCGUAAAUAAAGUAUACAAUAUAUAUGUAUAUGCAAGUUAAAAAUUUGUUCACCGAGUUAUAACUCGCGAUCGCGACCAUAGAAGUUAAUCGCGAUAAAAUUUCAAAAGUUUAUUAGUCCCGCUAUAUUAUAGUUAUCAAACUUUCUAGUCUAUUGCUAGCAACUAUAUUUUUUUAAGAGUAUUAUCACUGCGUUACGUUUGCGACUAUUGACAUGUCAAUUACGAGAAAAUCUGAAAUCAUUGUGAUUAUGAAUCAAAUGUUAAAAUAUAAAUAAAAAGGAAAUUAGACGA